AUGGCUUCCUCACAACCAACUCAGCUCACACAGCCAGUCGAAGAUCCCAGAAGAUUGGGGAAAAAUUUGUCCAAUGUAUCCGAGGGUGAUGCUGUCGACGUUAUUUGUCUUCUACAUCCAACUUCUCCUGCUGCAUUCCAUGCUGUCAAGGCCAACCUUGUUCAUGGAAGGCAACACAUCCUACAAAAUGAGGACCUAGAAGACUACACCGAAGACGAUAUCAUCUUUUCGUCACAGUACAAUGCACCACGCGAUAUAGCGUUACGCAUAUCCUCUCAAGUCAAAAAUCCUCGAGACGGUUUUCGAUUUGGUCGAUCCAGUACUGCAAACGACAUCCUCUUGACGCCCUUCGAAAACGACGUCCUUGUGAGCAAGACACACUUCAAAAUCUUUGUAAACAGUCAAGGGAGUCUGAUGUUGCAGGAUAUGUCUACAAAUGGCACCAUUGUCGAUGAUGUUCAUAUCAAGGUGAAGGACCGACGUGGCAAGAUUCCGGCUCCUCCAGCUACGAUAGUACUUGGAAAUGGCUCUAUUAUCUCUUUAUUCAGUGGAAGAGACAGAGAGGAGAUCAAGCUGAUGGUUAGAAUACCUUCACGUGGCGAAAGCGAAGAUCUCUACGAGAAGAACCUUCGGGCAUACCUUGCCGCAAGAGGAGAGGUUGCACAGUUUGCUUCAAUGCGUGAAAGCUCGUAUGGGAAUCACUGGAAUGGAGGUAGCAUGUACAAUUUCACUGGUCUGUUGGGCAAAGGCGCCUUUGCGACUGUCUAUCGAGUCCAGACCAAGAAAGAAGGUGACAUCUAUGCGGCAAAAGAGCUGGACAAGCGUCGCUUUAUCAAGAACGGAGUUCUCGAUAUGAAGUUUGAUAGCGAGCUCAACAUCAUGAAACAUCUUCAGCACCCGAACAUUGUCAAUUAUGUUGACUGUCAUACGUACUCUCACUGGAUUUAUAUCUUGAUGGAAUACGUACCAUUCGGCGAGCUUUCCCAAGAACUCAGAAAGUCAGGAAGAAUAGCGGAAGCCGAUGGGCAACAGAUUACCAGACAGAUUGUACAUGCCUUGGACUACCUGCACCGAAGAAACAUCACCCAUCGAGAUAUUAAACCCGACAAUAUCUUGAUCGCCUCCCGGUCUCCUUUGAUUGUGAAGCUAUCAGACUUUGGUUUGUCAAAAUGCGUUACAGAUCAAGAGACUUUCCUAAAGACCUUUUGCGGCACCCUUCUCUAUUGUGCUCCAGAGGUAUAUCCAGACUAUGCGAGCUACAAACAUGGCUCGGCACAGAAGCGACAUCGUCUAGGGGAGCCUAUUAGCAAGCCUCCUCCAUCUCCCUACGAUCAGUCAGUGGACAUGUGGUCCUUUGGCGCGGUCAUUUUCCACAUGUUGUGCGGGAAGCCCCCUAUCACUGGAAGAGGCGAUGAUCGCGGUGCCCAGAUGCUUAAUAAUAUCAUGACGAAAGAUGUCGACUUCAAGCCUCUCAGAGAAGUUGGUGUAUCGGAUGCUGCGGUUGAUUUGAUUAGAAAAUUACUCAACAGAAAUCCCUCUCUUCGACCAAAAGAGGCUGAGUGCUUGCGACAUCCGUGGCUACGCAACGUCGCUGAUGUCUUCGAAUACGAUCUUCUUGAUCAACCAGACAUUCUCGAUCGAGAACUCCAUGUUGUUGACGAGGUGGAUGAAGAAGUUCUCGAUGAUGAACUGAUUCACGACCUCCAUGCACUGACUCAGCCACCAUCAUCGAACCAAUCUCCUGACCGCGCCCCCAAGCGAGCGAAGACCUUUGCUGAUCCAGUCAUCUCACCGGAUGACAUUACAUACCCUUCAUUGCCGGAUCCUGGAGAAAGUUUCCUGCCGCCUACGCCAAUGGCACCUCCUGCUCAGCGCUUGUUCGGUGAGAUUUCUCAAUCGAUUUUGCGCAGUUCGGGAUUGUUUGGCACUGAGCUUCCACCCACAACGACAGCCGAUGUUCACGACAUUCAAAAUCGAGUCGAACAGAUCAGCGUCAAUGAUUUUGGUCGCCAGGGAUCGAUGGGCAGCAUAGAUCAUCCCAUGGUUGCGGGCGGAGCCACUCAAGUAUCAGCAGAAACUGGUAAACAUCAUCCUCGAGCCGGGUCAGCAGCCAGCUUAAUGGGGACUGAGCAUCAAAUUGGUCAACUCAACAUGACAUCGCCCGAGGCGGAAGUAUCAGAUGCCGCGUCGCCGGAGACAAAUAAUCCAGUGACACCGCACACACGUGAAUUAUCACCAUCCAGUAGCGUGAGUCAACACUUGGAUGACGGCUUAGGUGAAACCCUGCACGGCACUGAAGAACCAGUUUUCACGCGUCGUUUGGAUCUUGGUCUGAUUGCAGACCCCACGACUUUCGAAGCUGAAUUGAAAGCCCGCAAUGCAUCGAGAGCUGAAAAACUUCGAGCCAAGGCAGAUACGUUCCAUGGAGCCAUCUCCACGAGACCUCACCCGCCAUCUAUUGAGCUUGCUACGACAAUGGACGCAAAGACUGACUUCGUUGGGGACCGUGCUCCCCAGGCAGAUCGAAUUCUACGCCCAAUCUCGAAUAUGGACGCGACGAACAGAACGAAAGCCGCAACAUCCCCUUUCAUUGAGCCGCCGAAGCGGUUUGGUAAGUUGACCAGCAUCCCAGGCUCUUUUGCAAAGGUCAAUUUCAACCUUGAAGCAAGAUUCACCUCCUGGGGUCGAGGCGUCGAUUGCACGAUCAGAUACCCGGAGUUAAAGGACACCCGAAUUCCCAAAUAUGCUUUGAAGAUCACAUUCUGGGCGCCAGGCAUGGAAAAGCAUGUCGAGCAAGGCGGUGAGUGGACCAAGAUCUCCGGAGUUCGAACGGUACUGGCAACUUCUGCAAGUGGAUGUAUCUACGUCAAUGGGGUCGAAUUGCGCAAAGAGUCUCCCGAUGGUGAUGCAGCCUUGUUUGGAAAGAUUUACACUGGCGACAUCAUCACCGUAUAUGAUGGUGCCAAUGGUGACUUUCUGAAGUUCCGAGUCGAAGUCACAUUCGGUGAUAGUGCUCGCACUCGACCAGCAAACGAGGCAGGCUUCAUCGUGCAGGAAGAACGCCAUCAUCAUCAACGUAUGAAGGAGCGAGAAAGUAUGAGAAUUAGCAAGGCAGGACUAUGA